ACACAGGCUGGACACAUAGAGCAGAUAAAAGUGGUAAAAGUGGACGGACCUCUGCGGUGGGCGGUGAAAGCGCUCGUCUGAUGAUUAGAUUUACUGUGUGGAUCACGGCGGAGAGGGAGGAUGACUCACUCCGUCUGAUGUGAGGUUCACCCCGCAACAGCUCGGCAGUGCGGUGGCACGCCGGCGGUUCAGUCUGACAUGUCCGCUGUGCUCCAGCAAAUCAAGGCAAACUUUAUCAAAGUAUCAAGCUGCCCCGUUUUCCGACGCCUUACGGGCACUGGCUUUGUUUGAAACUUGAGUGUUUCGUCACUUGGUAGUUAGAGUGACCCGCGGAGUCGUGAUUCACCGUGAAUUUCGUGACGGCUAAUUGCCAUGGAAACAGUGUGGCUGCGCUGAGAGGGAACUGUCCGUAUUAACUUCAGCUUCAACCUUUCCAACAGGGUCGAAUAAACCUGUUGGAUACCUUAAUAUUUAUUUUUUUUCCUAUAUAUUCUUUUGUCCUGGCAUUACUUUUUUUUUUACUGUAAUUUGACAACCAACCAGGUGAGGACUAUGGAGCAAAAAACUGAAAAGAGGUUCCACAACCUGACCCAUGAGCAAGUCCGGGCUCUCGACAGAGUGCUGACUGAGGUGAUCCCGAUCCACGGGCGAGGAAAUUUCCCCACACUGCAGGUGAGAGCCAGAGACAUCAUUCGUGUGGUGAAGGAUCGACUGGUGGAGAGGGACAUUCAGGUUAAAGAUAUACGCCUGAACGGAGCAACUGCCAGUCACGUCCUGGUGAGAGAUAACGGCCUGGGCUACAGAGACUUGGACAUCAUAUUUGGGGUGGAGCUGCCCAGGCAGGAGGACUUCCAGGUGAUAAAGGAGGUGGUUCUGGGCAGCCUGCGUGACCUCCUCCCCUGUGGGGUUAACAGGCGGAAGAUCACCUGCCUCACCAUGAAGGAAGCAUAUGUGCAGAAAAUGGUGAAAGUUUUCAACGAGCAUGACAGAUGGAGCCUGAUCUUGCUUUCCAACAACAGAUCCAAAACAGUGGGGCUCAGAUUUGUCAGCUCCCUCCGGAGGCAGUUUGAAUUCAGCGUGGACUCCUUCCAAAUAAUACUAGAUCGUAUGCUGGAGUCUUACUGGGAGAACGACAGGAGAGAAGAAGGAAAACUGGCACUGAAUGCCAGGAAUUCCUCUAAGGGAGACGACAGUAAAGACUAUAACAAGAUACGAGAACAAUCAGACAGUCCUCAAGAUGUUGAAGAGGAUGCUGAAAAAGAUGGAGCGAUGGCAACAAAUGCAGAUCCCCCAAGCCAGGAUGAAGCCGUUUCUGCAUUUGAGCUUCCAGAUAAAGAAACUGAGCGUGCAGAUGGAAAGCAUGAGGCAAAAGGACCUGAGGGAAACAGCUUACAACAGGAAGAUGUUGGGGGCAGAGAAGGCAUCCAUCAAGAGGAAGACAUGUCAGAGGUGUUUGAGCUUUGUGAAGAAAGCGCAGAACAAAAAGGACUGUUCGAUGGUGAUUAUCCCUCAGCAGCAUUGGCACAAACUUUAUUCCCUGAUGCAAAGGAUCCAUUGAUGGCUGGUUCAUGUUUAACACUACAGACUACUGAAGAAGUGUCUACAACAAACACUGAACAGUCAACUUCACAAGAAACAGCCAAUUUUGAAACAAGUACAAAAUUAGAAGUAAACAUCAAACACUGCAAGACUGAAAACACCCCAACUCUACAAGAUUCACAUUGUGAAGACUCCUUUCCUCCCCCUGCUAAGAAAACUUGCAGCACAUCAAAGGACAUUGUACCAGACUACUGUCCUUCUCCAAAACUACAAAGGAAAAUGUCGCGGAAGCAUAUUAGCCAGCCUGAAAAGUGGUCUUUACUGACGGAUAUGUCAGACCUUACAGCCCAGCUCUUUCCGUCCAUAGAGAUAGUAAAACCUCUUCAGCCAAAACCACCCGUACUGGAUAGUGUAGAAAAGUGUGGCUCAAAUGUUUUAUGUCCUGAGUCAGAACACUUUAAAGGUAAAGACGCCCCUACUGUUCCCUCAUACAGUCCAGAACGUAUACUUCAGGAAGAUGCAGGUUCUUGUGAUCCUGCAGAACAAACUGUAAAGCCAAAACACUCCAAGAAGCCUCCUGAUUUAAAGACUCAAAGGAACACUGCUCUAAACCCUCAGAUUAAUGAUCAAGGACCUGAACUUGUUGACAAUGUUCCAAAUAGCCCGUGUGUCAGUGCAGAAGGUGAACCUGUUAUUGCUGUCGAAGCCGAGUGCAUGUAUGGAGACUUUGAGCAGGCAAUGGAUCACCUCCGCCACCGCCUCAUUGCCACCCACAACCCAGAGGAGAUUCGUGGAGGGGGCCUGCUGAAGUACAGCGAUCUGCUGGUGAGGAACUUCAGGCCAGCCAGUGAGACUGAGAUCAAGUCCUUGGAACGUUACAUGUGCUCCCGCUUCUUCAUCGACUUCCCGGACGUAAGUGAGCAACAGCGUAAGAUCGAGGCCCACUUGCAGUGCCAUUUCGUUGGCAGCGAGGAAGCGAAUAAGUAUGACUAUCUGAUGACCCUGCGGCGCGUGAUAGAUGAAAGCACGGUGUGUUUGAUGGGACAUGAGAGGAGACAGACCCUCAAUAUGAUCACUGUCCUUGCUUUGAGAGUUCUGGGUGAGCAGAAUGCCAUUCCCAACACGGCAAACGUCACAUGCUUCUACCAGCCGGCUCCUUACGUUACUGAGCCAAUUUACAACAGUUACUACAUCCCUCAGGCCCAGCCCCCACUCAUCUACCACCCUUACCCUCUGCAUGUCCACAUGCAGUCUGGUCUUGUGUAGCCAAGAUGGCACACUGGCAUGAAGGCGUGCUUUUAGCAUGGUGCUCUGCAAUCAGAAGCACAAAUGGAAGUUUUAGCAACAACAGGCAACAAUGGUUGCAAUGUUGUUUUGAAGUUUUAAAAUUCUUCCUGCUUAUAACUGAUAUUGAGUGGUCAGAGCUGAAGCGGACCUGGAGGUAAAUGUGGAUCCUUUUUAAGAUGAGCCCAAGAAAAGAAACAAGAGAGCUUGUUGAGAGGAUUUUAAAGCUGAGGGGACCUGCUGUUUGGCUGUCCCGGUUCAUUUUUGGAGGACUGAUUUCCAUCCUGCGUUGAAGGCAGCAUAAUAUGUCUCUAUGCCUAAAUGAUGCAAUUCUUUAACUUCUUAUAUAUAAUCUGUCACUUAUUGGCUACAAGGAUCUUGAAAUCUUGGUUUGGAUAACGUCUGAGGGACGAUUAAUCCUGUGGGGUUCAAACACUAUAACUGUUUUGUGAAUCAUUCAUCUGAACUACGUGUGGCGAUUACAUACCUGUGUUUUCAUUAGAUAGGAUGCCAUUCACUGUUGGGAUAGAGUAGACAUUGGUGCUUCCUUAAUGUGGUAAUUUAUGUAUUAGUGGAUGUGAAUUGUGAACUCCUCAUUUAAUAAGGAUAGCUGAAUGCAGUUAGAGAAUAAAUACAUUUGAAUAAAUUGCUGCUGUUAGAGUGAUAAUAGCCCUCCAAUUUGUAUUUUUAAACAACUCAGAAAUGAAAAACAAUAUGUAUUUGUGAUUCAUUUCAAAUAUUUAUUUCAAUAGAUAUCCUUUAAAUGUAAGUGAACCUCUCUACAUGUGAAACAUUGCUCACAAAUUAAGCAACUGUGAAAAUGGUUGAAUUCACAGUCCUGUGAAACAAAAGAAAAAAGUGUUUUAAAAAAAUGUGGUGUCUGCAGCUGUCAGUGUUGGACAGAUUUUUACAAUGGAGAAUCCUAUUAUGGGAGCCCAUAUGUGGUCUUAGUGUCAGUUACCUUUGCUGACAAUCACAGCACAAAGUUAUUAUGCAGGACUCGUCGCUCCAGCUGUUAGCACGGCCGCUUCCUUUUCUAAACUGAUAAUAAAGUACUUCCCUCUGGAGUGUUACUUUAUUAUUGUCAGAGUAAAGCUCAACAGCUGAUUGAUUAAACUUGGAAAAGGCCUCUUGGUAUCUUAACUGAGUAAAUGUCUUGUGCUCUCAAACAUCAACAUUCACAACAGUUUCUGCAGUAAGAAAAAAAUGGAAGUUAUAAACUAAUAAUUGAUCUUAUUUGGACCAAAUUAUCCAAUCAAAAAGUGCAUCUGUCAGAUUUGUUUUAUAUAACCUAUCUGACAAUUGUGGGUAAUUUUGAUCAAAAAGAGCCCUCAUGCACAUUUUAACAUUCAUGACACUCUUAGUUAAGAUGCAUGAAAAGACUUAAAAUACUUUGAUCAUUUAUUGGAGAAAUUAAUAAAUUGAGAAACUUAUUUUCAUUUGAGCUUAUGUAUUAAGUAUAUGGGAACAAUGUUGACAAGGAAUAAUUAUUUUUCCUAAAAUCACCAGAGCCAGAAUUUGCUGCAUCAUUAACAAUCCCAAGAAAAAAAUGUCCCUGAAGCUUUUUCUACUUUCUAAUGUUAUAGAGUGUAGAUGAACUUUAAAUGAGUUGCCAUGAUGUCUUGUUUCUCUGGGCUGUUAAAACAAUGUGAAAGGCCCAUUUUUAUAAGCCUCUCUUCAAAAUGGGAAAGACAAGAAAAAAUGCUAUUACACUGAUAGAUAAAUGGUUUAUCUUCAAAAAUAAGAAAAUGUCAAAGCUCGAUGUUACAGAACUGCAGAACAUUUUUCAAUAAAAUGUAAUACUAUUUACUACCAAGAUAGUCAAGACAUGUGGAGAGAAGGCAAGAAACUCAUCUGUCCUCAAUUUGGAAUCCGUUGAGUGGUAAUUUAUCCUGUUUCAGGAAUGUCACUGGUAAAUUUAUUUUGUUACGUACAUCAGUUUCUUCUGAAAUAUUUCACACAAUUUAUAAAAGAUGAGACCAGAAGUUUACCAAGAUAAACACACACCAUGUUUCAUGUGCAUUGACUAAGAUAUGGCAAUGACACAAAACUCCAUUGAUUUGUGGGUGUUUUUGGGUUCUUCUUAUUAUUCUUGAUAGGUUUUGAAUCAUGCUUCUGUUUGUUUUCCUGGUCAUGCUUUAAUUUUUGUCUUCCAGUUCAUGUUUUGUCA